AUGUUCGACCCGGAUACGGCGCCUUUCUUUGGCCCUAGCACCAUCGUCUAUCCCUCCGUCACCGAGUCCGCUCCGCGCUAUGGCCAACUCGACCCUCUCGACUUCAACGCUGUCGCGCAACUCUACAACCUCGCAUACCUCGACACAUUCGUCGACACACUCUUCUACAUCGGUCAGGACUUCGCGCACGCCGACUCCUACAGCGGAUGA